ACACAGAAGACAUGCUGUUGGCGGUUGUUACCAAACGUCCCUGUCAUACAGAAGAUGUGGACCAUUUUUGUUGACAAUUAUGACAUAAAAGUGUACAGAGAGUGUUUUUAAACGAAGCUAAUUAAGCCGGGCUCACCCGGGUUACAUAUUCUACCCGUGUUAACCCCCCUCUGUUGUAAUGGAUGAAGAUUUUCUGCUCGCUGUUCAGCUCCAGGAGCAGUUCGACGGUGAAUACGUGUCGUCGUCGUCGUCGUUUCCGUCCAGCAAUUUUGAAAACAACGACUUCGGACACAGCAGCAAAAAACGGAAAGUGGACGCUACUGAUGGACGUGGUAACGAUGUUGUCCCUUACUGGAAGCCGACUGCCCAGCCCGAGAGGCCGCUGUCCAUCGUGGACCAGUCGUGGGAAACGCUGGACCCCAAUCCCGACGUCAGAGCUAUGUUUCUGGAAUUCAAUGACAUGUUCUUCUGGAGUAAACUCAGCGGUGUUGAGGUGAAAUGGAGCCCCCGAAUGACCCUUUGUGCUGGCGUUUGCUCAUAUGAGGGACGAGGCGGACUGUGCUCGAUCCGACUCAGCGAGCCUCUCCUGAAGCUCAGGCCGAGAAAAGACCUGGUCGAGACUCUCCUCCAUGAAAUGAUCCACGCGCUCCUGUUUGUGACCCAGAACAACAGAGACAGAGACGGCCACGGACCAGAGUUCUGCAAACACAUGAACCGCAUCAACCAGGCCACGGGAACCAAGAUCACUGUCUACCACAGCUUCCACGAUGAGGUCGACGUGUACCGGCAGCAUUGGUGGAAAUGCAGCGGCCCCUGCCAGAGCCGCAAGCCCUACUUCGGCUUCGUGAAGCGAGCGAUGAACCGCGCUCCGUCUUCUCUGGACCCUUGGUGGGCGGACCAUCAGAGGACGUGCGGCGGGACUUACACCAAGGUCAAGGAGCCCGAAGGGUACGGCAAAAAAGGCAAGAAGGACAGCAAGAAGGAGGGAAAGACGGCGAGUACGGAAGCUUCGGGAAAUGUGAAGCCUUCAACUUCCUCUGCAGGAUCUGGAUUACAGGAUAUAAGGAAUAUAAUCCCAUUUAGUGGUAAAGGCUUCCUGCUCGGAGGCAAAUCCCAGUCUUCCCCACCACCUGUCGCCGUAAAAACAAACUCUCCUCCCAAGAAACUUCCCCCGCCUUCGUCCCCUCUUCGCCCUGUCGUGGAGAACACAGGGACCUCCAUCAGGCCGGGGGGACAGAAGCCGCCGAUAAAAAGGUCCGUCAGCAACACGCGGGUUUUCGCCAACGUCAACGGGUCGCCGGUGCGAAUCCCUAAACCGCACGGUAGCAGCAGCAGCCAAGGAGCAAAGAAAAUAAGGCAGAAGUCCAUUGCAGACCUCUUUGAGAGCGCAGGGGUCAGACAGUCAGCGGGACAAUCGAAUACAGCGACGUCGGCAAAGAAGAGUUCUACCUCGACCUCGUCCCUGGUUCCCGUGGUUCAGAACAAGGAGAGUCAAAAUAAACCGUUAGAGUCGAAAUAUUUCAAUCAUUCCAGCAGCGCCGGUUCAUCAGGAGCAGCAGGCGGAGGUCAAACCUCGAGGAAGAGGUCGUGGGACGAGCGCGCCGGCUCCUCGGGCAUCUUUGACCUUUUCCGAAGCAGAACGGCGGCAGCGUCGCCAGCGAAGGAGUCGACAAAGACGAAGGUGCCUACGGUGCAGCAAAGAACUGCAACUGCUGCCACUGCUACUGUCACCUCCUCCUCCUCAACCUCAUCGUCUUCCACAUCUUCUGUCAGCGCUGCUGCUUCCUCCUCCUCCUCCUCCUCCUCCUCGAUGGUCAGCUGUCCUGUGUGCCAAGUAAAAGUGCAGGAGUCAAAGAUCAAUGAGCAUCUGGAUUCCUGCCUCUCCUGAACGUAGCAGAGCAGAUUUAAAGUAGGUAAGAAAUGAUGUCGCAUUAUCUUCCAAAAAGUUUUUAAUCCCUUUUUAAAGGGUUUUCACUGUUACAUCAUUGUAAUGAUGAUAUUUAUUUUAGUACGGGUGCCUGUGCAAGAUUCAGUGCCUUAGUACGUCAGGGUUAGACUGAUAAUCCAACACUGUUCUGUUCAAUAAUUGGUAAAAGUGUUGAUAUUUACCAGAAACUAAAGCACUGGUGUUUUAACUGUCUUGGAUUAAAGAGUUCACAUCGUGUGAGAGUGAAUUCAAACGUGACCUCACUGUGCUGUGAGUGAACAAGCCGCUGUGUCACUUGAGUAGAAAGGUUUUUUUUUUUUGCUCCCGGUUUGUGACGUGUUCCUUUCACCUCAGACGCGACGCGACUGACCCCGGCUGGUCUGCAGGAGUCAGAUCUCACACUUUAUUUCUGCUGAGUGUAAAUUAUCAUUUAUAAGCUGCGGAAACGCGUGGAUUUUAUACGUCUGUGUUCUUAAAUGUGUCCGUUUUAAAGGAAAUGUGUUUACAAAUAAAAACGUUUUCACUGUUCUGUUAA